AUACAUAUACACACAUAUACAAACAUAUAUAUAUAUAUAUAUAUGACACACUGUUAAGAAUGUACACUAAAUAUAAAAUGCUUGCACUAUUAAAAAUGUUCAAGCAAGGUACCAUAAAAAUGUGAGAAAUGUAUAUGUGAAGGCAUUUUUACACUUUUUAAUUCAAAUUUGAAUCUAUUGUCUUGCAUGUUUUGUAUUAUACUAAACAAAUCAUGGGAAAGAAAUUAGGACAAUAGGAAUAAAUAUAUAUAUAUAUAUAUAUAUAUAUACAGUAUAUGCAUGUAUACAUAUGCAUAUAAAUUGAGCAAUUUUCAUGCAAUGAUUAUAGUAUAGUACAAAAUAUGCAACAAGUUGAAUCUGAGUUUGAAUAAAAAAAAAAAAUGGCUUCACAUCAAUGAAAAAAGAAUGAAAAAUAUUUAGUCACGGCAGGGGUCGGGAACCUUUUAGGCUGAUAGAGCCAUGAAAGUCAAAUAUUUUAAAAUGUGUUUCCAUGAGAGCCGUAUCAUAUUUUUUAACACUGAAUACAACUAAAUGCGUGCAUUUUCUAAGUGAGACCAACAUUUUUAUAGUAAAAUAAGUCUAAUUCUUUUUGAUAACAUUAUUUUUUGAACAUGUGUGUUAGAAAACGAAUGGAUGGAUGAAAAUGCAUAACAAUUUUUUAGAAUUUGAACGUUAUUUUUAACAUCGUGAUUACCAGCUGAAUUAUUCAUUACUUAUUGUGUUAAGCAAUGUCAGCUCGGAUUUAUCCGAGAGCCAGAUGCAGUCAUCAAAAGAGCCACAUCUGGCUCUAGAGCCAUAGGUUCCCUACCCCUGAGUCACGGCAUCAGAAAAAUCUAAGUUGUGCCACUAGGAGGCGACACAGGACAGACGCAAUGCCCAUAACAUCCACCAGGAGGAGUCCUCACAGGCGGGUGAGAGGUAGCAGAAGUUGUUUUUUUUUUAUGAAAAAAGCAUUAAAUAUUUGAAUGCUUUGGAACAUCUGGCUUGGCUUUCUCUGUCUUUCAAUGUCUGCUUCAGGUUAUCUUGCGCCAUCACCUGAUUGGUCAAAUUUUCCCACCACACCCCCACCGUAAAGAGAAAAGUCAAACAUUUCUCUACGGGUCAGUCCAGUCGGCGUUAACGGCAAAAGCGAACCUGAAAUCCAAUUUUAUUCUGAAGUUUGACUUCCUUUUUUUUUUUUUUUAAACCCACGUCAACCCAAAGUGUACAAGAUGGCGCACGCGUGCAGGCAGGUGAGCGGGAGCGUGGCGAGCUGCGCCGGCUGGGUGGGCCUCAUCGUCGCCACGGCGACAAACGACUGGGUGAGAAGGUGCGACUACAGCGUGGCCACCUGCGUGCGCAUGGACGAGCUGGUCUCCCGCGGCCUGUGGGCCGAGUGCGUCAUCUCGCCCGCCCUUUACCACUGCGCCGCCCUCGCCCAGACCCUUAAUCUGCCCGCGUACAUCCAGACGUCCCGUGCUUUGAUGGUGUGUGCGUGUCUCCUGGGGCUUCCCGCCAUGUUGCUGGUUCUCGUGUCCACUUCCUGCGUGCGGCUGCUGCACGACUCCCCCGCCAUUAAGCAGCGGCGUGCCCGUGUGGGCGGCGGGCUCUUCCUCCUCAUGGGUGUGUGUGGCCUGGUGUCCACCGUCUGGUUCCCCGUCGGCGCUCACCAAGACGAGGCCCUGAUGUCGUUCGGCUUCUCGCUCUACACCGGCUGGGUGGGCGUGGCGCUCUGCUUCCUGGGCGGCUCGGCGGUCUCGUGUUGUCCCGCCCCCGCUGACCCCGGGGCCUUCAGCAGGGAGAGCAGUUUCUUCUACUCCAGACAGCGAGGGGGCGCCGUGGCGCUGGACCGCCCGGCCAACCACGCCAAAAGCGAGCACGUGUGAGGGAGGGGGCGUGGCGCUGAUUAGCUCAAGAAGCAAUUCUCGGGAUUUAGCAACAGAAUUAAUGCAUGAGCUAUUAUGUUGCUGCGACAA